UCUCGCCCGUAUCACCAUCCCCCACUCUGUGUAUGUCGAUGUUACCAACGCCGUUGCAAGCUUGAAAUCGCAGGAGCGAAGCAAACCACUGCAGGAACACGCCAACGUUAAAGACAAACAGAAUAUUAAACGCAGAAGAAAUUAAGGACAGGUUUAGAGUAUAUUGGGAAGAAUUACUAAUAUUUACAACUGGAUUAACUGCAUUGAUUGCAUUUCCAUUCCCUACAUUAGCUUUUCCAAGAAUGGCCAGCGGGCAUCCCACUGACAAAUUCAGUUUCUUGUACCAACCUGAAAGCUGUCAAAACUUGAAGAGCAAGGGUCGACUGUCUUCCACCAUGAACCCUGUUUACAGUCCCGUUCAGCCAGGGACCCCAUACGGCAACCCCAAGAACAUGGCCUUCACAGGCUAUCCUGGCGGUUAUCCCACCACAGCUCCUACCUACACACCUAACCUUUACCAGACCAGCAGCCCUGGGUACCCUCCAGUGCUGCUGAUGAAGCAGGGCUGGGCACAGACCUCUACAGCAGGGCCCACUGAGGGUUCCUAUGACCUGGCAGUGGACACGGGCUCAGAGAGCAGAUCUUACCAGGCCUCGUCUGCAGCAUUCAGAUACACCACGGGGACCCCGUACAAGGUGCCCCCCACCCAGACCAAUGGAGCCCCCCCACCCUAUUCUCCGUCCCCUAACCCCUACCAGACGGCCAUGUACCCAAUCAGAAGUGCCUAUCCCCAGCAGAACCUUUAUGCUCAGGGUGCUUACUACACACAGCCUGUGUAUGCCGCGCAGCCUCAUGUGAUCCACCACACCACGGUGGUCCAGCCCAACAGCAUCCCCUCCGCCAUCUACCCCGCCCCCGUCCCUGCCCCUCGCUCCAACGGCGUGGCCAUGGGCAUGGUGGCUGGAACCACCAUGGCCAUGUCAGCAGGGACUCUGUUGACCACACCUCAGCACACACAGCACAUUGGCACACAUCCAGUCACUGUGCCGACUUACAGGCCCCAAGGAACGCCUGGGUACAGCUAUGUGCCUCCUCACUGGUAAACCCACCUGCCAAUUCAUAUCUGGAGUCAAACAUUGUAUGCAACUUCUCAAGUCUUACAUUGGUGCUGGGUCGUCAACUUUGGGGCACCAAGCCUGUUUGCAAGAACAAAAAAAUACUGCAAGAGUCACUUUUGCAUUCUGUAGUGUUUCUGUAAAUGCUGCUUUUUUAUUUGAUUUGCCUCUGUUCGUUGGGUUGCUUUUGUUUUGACUCUCAGAUACUCCAUACUGACACUGACCUGCAGCAGCAGUAUGGAUCUCUUACAUUAACACUGGUGUAUUCACAAGGCCAGUCUCAGUGCUGGACAUCAUACAUCUUCUUAUGCUGCCAAAUUUUCUAACAAUUAGAUUUUAGUACAGGUUUUUUAUCAUCAUUAAGAUUAUUAUUGUUGUUAUUGUUUCCUUGUUGGCUCCCGGGAAAGGGCUUUGGAUUACAUUACAUAUUUUUCCUUUUUCUUUUUAUUUGCCUUCCAAUUUGGUUUAAAACGAUCAUCUUCUAAUACCGAUAAAAGGGUUGUCUUCCAGCUUGUAGCAGUUCGUUGAGUAGACAUGUUAUUAAUAUAUCCACUGUAUGAGAGUAUAAAUGUGGUAAUCCCUUCUCUAGGAAAACAGUAAUGCAGUAAUCUUAGUUAUACACUCUGUAGAGGAUAUUUAAGUCAGUGGACAUAAUUAGCUUGUGCAUCAAAAAUAUAGUAAGCAAUGUUAAAACUUAGAAUAUUCUGAAGUGUGAGCGUGUGUGUAUGUAUUCAUAUACAGUACAUACACACACACACACACGCAUGCACACAUAGACAACAUGGGGUUUCUUGUUUUGGAUGUUAACCAGAAUUUAGAUGUCCUUGCAAUGCACUUAGCUGGCAGAGCAGGCACUAAUGUGAGCCCAGUGUUAGCCAUGUGCCAACAGAGCCGAGGUGGAGGGGCGAUGAUGUCAUCAUUGGAGUUAUUCAGGAUCUAUCAUGUCAAGGAUUCAAAGGGACUGAGUGUAACUGGGGAAACAAAACGAUUAGAAGUUUAGAAAUGUGAGAUCCUCGACAUGCGUUUGAGAGUUUGAGUGGAAGGGAAUGACAGAGCAGCGAUGUGACCCAGGUCUGAGACCCUGUCUCACCAACAGCCUGCCCCUCCGAUACCAGUUCAGGUGCCAAAGACACGGGGGUACCGUCCAGACCCCUCCUCCCCUACGCUACCUACUCCCACGAUCUCUACUGAUCUCUGAUCAGUGCUCAGCACGUCACACCAAGUGCUUUUUACCUGAUCAGUGGUCUUUGAUCAGCAGGGAACAUGGGUUAAGCAUGCAGCCAAGAUUACCACACUAAUUUUAAAUGAAUGGAUUUUUUAAAAUGGAUGACAUUCAUAACAACAGGUGUGCACAGUACUACAGUUAAUAAUGACAGUAAUAAUGUGUGUUGUACAGACAAUUCCCAUGUGUAUAGUUAAAUAUACAGUGUGAAAGACAGAGCUGUCAUUUGCAAUAAGGAUUGAACUUAAUGUUUACUUGCAGGCCCUUUAUUGUUGUUUGUGAUGUGGUUGUAAUUGUGCUUGUUUUUUAACAGAAUAAAUAGUUACAGCUACUCCGUGGAGGGCCUGAUGGGGGCGGUAGUGAGCCAUAAUCCGCCUACGGGAGAGGGGCAGGGUGGAAGUGGUGAAGGGGUAAUUGAAAGUGCCAGGACCGGGGACACAAGGGGACAGACAGUUCCUUUUUUGAGUACAGCUGUCGAACAUAUCCAGUUUCAUUCUCCUGGGGGGGGGGGGAGAGGGUCUAUCGACAGGACUCCUGUGGCUGAGUAGUGGUGGUAGGUUAGGAUUUAUUUUUUGUAAGGAGCCAUUAUAGUAAUAUUUCUCUGCAUGGAGUUAGCAUUUACUCACCCGUGAGUACUGAGGGAGUGGUAGAGCCCGCCUCUCCUCAGUGACCGUCUUAUGCAUGGAUCCUUGCUCCGUUCUCUCUUCCUCUCUCAGACCAGAGAAACCGCUGUCUUUGCACAUUGGAGAGAGGAGAGAGGAGGGACCAGAGGAUGCCUUGGGAGUAAUGUAUGGGAAAGGAAAAACUAUGAGUAGAAAAAACUGAAGACUUCAUCUGGUGUGCAAAAAUACAGGAUUUCACCCAAGGGAGGGUUUGGUUCAGGCGUUUUCGUCCCUGGCUUGAAACCAAAAUGACUGAUUCUGGUGCAGGUCUACCUGGAGUCAGCCAUGAUGGAUAUUUGCACAGCCUUCCUAAUAUUAAUUACGUGUAUAUUUAGAGAUAAUGUGACCACAUAUCAGAAUUAUUUUGUUAAACAGGACAUUGAGGAGCAGUGCACAAAUGUGUAUAAAUAAUACUCUAUAAUUCACAGGUACUAAAACUAUGAAGAGAUUAGGAAAAGGAAUCCCAAAAUGGUACCCUUUGGUCUUGAGAUAAAAAAACAUAAAUCCAUAUGAACACCAUCUUUUAUUCUAUAAGAAUAUUUAACCACUAAUUGAAACCAUAAAUGGAAUUUUAUUUAGCACAAUAUUACAGUACUUAUAGCAUAUAAAACACAUGUUCCCAUGUAUGAUACAGUAGCACGUGUAAUCUGUGUGUGUUAUAGAAGCACCCAGCAGGAUCAUGUCUUCGCAAAGCAUGGCUGUAUAUGGAAGGGUGCAAUGGUUAUUGCUGCAUUGGUUGGUGUAUUUUUAAACUGUAACCAGACCAUCGUACUCCUUGUUUUUCAGUUAUUGUGAAAACAGUCAUUCUUGGGUAAAAGUUUGAUGUAGUGCCAUAAUGCAGUCUACAGCUUUUUCUGCAUGUUGCAAAAAUUAAAGUGAAAUGUUCCCUUUAGCUAACUACAGUAAAUCAUUCCAUUUAAGGUCCUCUGAUUCAAUUUAUGAAUGGUUUAAAAUUCAAAGCAGCAGUUAUGAAAAAUGAUUUGCAACAAUGAGUCAGACAUUCCAUUUUGAACAGAAUGUGACUGUAUCCCCCUGACACGUCACAACCAUGGACCAAAAAUCAGCAGUGUCUUCACUUGUUCGUUUCGUUCAUCGGAAUUAAAUUCAUGCCUUUGUGCAUACUGCGUUUGCAUCUCUGACAUUUAGAUCUCUUGAACAGCUGUACAGUAAGAUUGAUUCAGUGGUGGCAUGUGCAUUGUCAUGCUGAGGAGGUGGGGCUUAUUUUCAUGUCACUCUGUGUUUUAUGUUGCAUGUUUGUUUGCAUUCCUGGUUCCAGUCUCAUACACCCACAGGCAUUCUGUUUUCGUAUGUCCUUAAUUAUGGACUUUUUCAGCUGUAAGGGUGCAUUUUUUGUUCCUCUUUUGUUUUCUAAGGAUCUGAUGAGUAAUCUUAAUCAGAAAGAUGCCAAUCUAUUUUGUCAGUCAGAGAUGACCAAAAAAAAGGUUCUCUUCCCAGGAACUUUUACUCGGGUUAUGACUGUUUCCUAUUGGAAAAUUUAAAGGAGUGAAACAAAUUAUUCACAAUUUCUCCCUGAUGGAAUUAAACCACAAAAACAAACCUAUAUAUUCAUUUUAGACAAAUAUUUAUAUAAUUUCUAUAUAAUUGCUUAAAAAAUGCCAUGCAAUACUUGGAAUAAUACAUAUUAACUGUUGUGUUGGUUUAAUUAAGUUUGGAAUUUUGUCUAGAAUCGUGUUUAGUGAGGGUGCUUGAAGCUGGGAAUGGGAGGGGAAUUUUUUCAAGAAAUUACAAAAAAUUAAACUGUGUGACUGUUGCCUCUGGUAUUCUGAAUUGAAAUAAGGUUUAAAAACUUUAAAAUAAAACCUAGGUUUAAGAACUUCAGUUCUGAUAUGUAAUUUAAGCGCUUUUACCAUUAAGUGUUAUUUAAGUUUUAUUGAUGAUUGAUGUUUAUUAUUCUGAAACAGAGAAACUAUACGGUUGAACUGAAGUGGGGUGCUUCUGAGAACUUCAGGGAGCAUUUCAGAACACAAGUCUGUGGCGGGAUUCUUUUUAUAAGAGGAGAAAAUAUUUUUUAUUUUUGUCCUCUUGUGGGAGGAGCAAAGGAAAUAAUUCAUGCUUGGAUGUUAUUACAAGGCCGGUAUACUACAAUCUGUACACCUUUAUUAGUACAUUUCAAACUCUUGUGCCAAUCAUAUUUCUGUAAGCAUUCUGAAGGUGUAUUCAAGCCAAGGUUGGGACAUUUCUGCAGUUUCUAUCGUGUGAAUUUCUGUGCAACUGCAUCAGAAUAAAAUGGUGUUGCAUAAAUCUGGAUCAAAAGUUGUCCAUUGUGGGAAGAAUUGGCUCAGAAUCAAGCAGUGGCAGUACCAUCAAAUUGUUAAGUGCUAGUAGAAGCUGUCCGAUAUGGUGAUGAUGGAGGAAUCUUGAGCUGAAAUAAAAUCUCUUGGACUGCAUAAACUAAGUGGGAAUACAAACGUUUGAAGUCAAGUUAUAAAUGUGGUAUCAAGGCACUGUUUAAUAGCCAUAGGUUCUCCUUAGUGGAAGACAUAAGAACAAACUGAAAUGUUAUAAUGAUGGCAAAAAUAAGAUGUUUACAUUGUGUUUGUCCAUUGUCUCUGUACAGGUGCAGAGAUCAAUAUUAAUGCAUAUGGUUAUAGUUGCUUAUGUGUUCCAGUCUCCAUGAUUGAAAACUGUUUCACAAAAGUUAAACUACUACAUUAGGAACUCCUAACUCUUGUUUUUGUUUUCAUUAUUAAUUGCAGCUUGACAUUUCAUACAUUUAUACUGUUUUGAACACUAAUUGUGAAGCAAAAAGUGUAAAUUUUGUCUUCCAAAUACAUUUUCCAGAGCACGUUUAAUAACAGCAACUGGAGAUUCAGUGCUCAGCUAAAGCAAAACAUUCUGAUAAUGUUUCUGUAACAUCUGUAGUAAGGAUUUCGUCAUGUUACUGCAACAUUGUGAGGAUGUUGUCACAGCAUUAGCAGGCUGUCUUGUGAAGUGGAAAGACCCAUGUCAGGCUUGUGGAUAUGAAGUGUAAAUCUGUUUUAUUAUUUUUGUUUUUGUUUCUUUUUUUUCCUUUUUUUUUUUUAAAGAUCAGUUAGUGAUCUCUGUGACAGAAUUAAGCCGAGUUUGUAAUUGUAUAAUAUUUACUGUAAGAUGUAGAACAUUCAAUAACUAUUAAAAUCUUUCCCAAAAAAAAAA